UGGCCGUUUGGGCGCAGAAGCGGACGAGCCGCUAAAUUAAAAGAGGGUCGCUCCGCGGUUGCAGCCAGGGGCGGGCCUGUCGCAGAGCAAACGGUCGCGACUCCGGGUCAGGGCAGCGAUGGCAACGAUGGCCUGCAACAAAGGUCCAGUCAACGCAGCGGACGCCGGCGCCGGAGGAGUUCGCGCUCCACAGCGUCUCUGCACGACGUCGAGAAGAAUCCUUUCAGCGACCCACCGCUCGACCCUGGCCUCGCGAAAGAGGCGCGUCUGCUCAACCCAAACUCAAGUGCUGAAGACAUCACCGCCCUCCCACACCAGCGCCGCCUCGCCUACAGCCCACACCUGCGACCUGUCACGCAAGACUUCUCCGGCGUGCCCUACAACCUCCACCAUCCCUCGCACACGAGCCUGCGCACGGCAAAAGAGCGGGGAAAGCUACAGCGACCCCAGUCAUUGCGCAGGGGUCCUCCCAACGAAACAUCCCUGAUCCGCCGCAAGUCUAGCAAGAGGCGGAAAGAGCAUGAUCACAUCCGAGAAGAGAAGAUUCGCGCGAUGACUCUGCCAAUGCCGCAGAAACGACCUGCCGGCAACUCUGGCGGCAUGCUGCGUCGAGACAGCAAGAAGAUCAAAGGCGGCCUUAAUGCCCGCUUCGAACGCCCGGAGUCCAACGUUUCGCUGCCCCUCGAAGACUCGAUACACUCGUCCAUGUCCGGCAAUUCCGAAAUACAUGCCUUCCGCGUCAGCGCCCUCGACUUCUUCGCACCACGACCGACCAUCCGCUUCUCCGUUGGCUCGCAAUACUACUACGGUGGCGACCGCACGUCACCGACCGUACGUCUAGAAAGAGGUAACUCGAGGAGGGAAAGGAGGCCCACGAGCUCGAAAGAAAACGAGCAAUGGAAGAGGACAAGCAGAAUCGACGACCUCGCUGACGAACUCGAUGCCGGUGCACUACGGGAGAUUCUCGACAGAGACCAGAGACGUCGGGACAAGAAGGCUACCGCUGACCAAGAGCGACUUCGUCAUCGACUCGAACGACGUGCGGAGAAACAGAAUGCUGCCGGAGGUACACCACCAGUUCCUACUCGGACUGGCGCUGUCAGAGCGCUCGGACUUGGUAUUGAGAAGGGGAACGAGGAGCCUGCGCAAGAGACAACAGUGCCGAUGGAGGAUGUCCGUCCAGCGACGCCAUCAACGCCGCCAUGGCUGCGUCCACUCACUCCACCAACAAUGCACCGACUCAAGACCCUUGAGCCCCUCGCUCCCGCCGCCAACGAUAACAGCCAACUGCCCACACCGAUCGAAACACCGAUGGAGGACAUGAUCAUUUCGGACGCUCAGGCUAUCCGCUACUCGCGGGGCAAUAUCGCCGGUUCCGUUCACACCCGUGGGCCAUCGAACGUCUCCAUGAUGCCAGAGCUGCUCUCUAAAAGGCUGACCGAGGAGUCGCCCUUCGAGACAGUCGAACACGCGACCCAUUAUGAUCCUACAAGAAGUGGAUCGCUACAUCCUGUCGAGACCAUCGACACAACGGCAUCGAACAAAGGCUCGAGCUUCCGCAGACGUAGCUCGGACGGUCGACGAAUGAGUGCAUUUGCGUCCUUCUUCCGACGAGGCAAGCGAAGCUCCCAGGAGCCAGGCCGUGCCACCCCCUCAGAAGCUUCCUUCUCGAACACGUCGCGAGAGUCCAUGUCCCGCCAGCCACUCCCAGCUCAUCUGGUGGCGACCGUACCGACCGCGCCGAUCCAGAUCCAGAGGCCGUCCACCGUCCCCCGCCGUACCAUGUCCAAAUUUAGGGAAGAUUUGCCUGAGUUCCCUAUAUCGCCACCCGACUCCCGGGUGGCAUCGCCAGAAGCAACCUCGACAAGCGCGAUCGCUGCACGUCGUCGAACUCACAAUCCAGAAAACAUACGUGUGGGCUCACUUGGAUUGGCAGCCAAUGCUCGCUCGGACUCUCCUGUUAGCCCUGGUCUACCGAUUGGCAACAAGAUGUCACAAUCACUGGCAUCAGUUGACUCUGAGGGAUCGUGGCUAUCUGGAAAGCCUGUGAAGCGCGUCUCGAACAAAUCGAUGAUGCGGUCGAGCAUCGCCUCCUCAGCUGUCCAACAGAAUCCCGAGUUCAACAAUUCAUUUGAAGAGCUGGGAAUGGCAGAUGACGAAUACUUCAAACGACUUACGCCUCAAUCAGAUGAGCUACGUCGAGUGAACCUGCCGAGCGAUCUGCUGGGAAGGAAAGCCAGCAGCACUGCCAUGGCUACCCUCGACGCUGCCGCCGAGUCUGAUGAGGAGAAUGAGACUACUCCGUCGGCUCGGAGGUCCGAAGAUAGUGAGCACGUCAAGGCCGGUGUUGCACGCCAGCCUACCGUAGUUCACCGAAAUGUCCGCGUCAAGUCUGCAGAAGGCUUGCUCACCAUGUUCGAUGCGGAUGCGCCAUCGCCCGAGGAAUCCCGCAAGACACUCGACAUGGAGCCAGACUCGCCACAAUCAGACGAUUCCGGGGAGCAAGCCACUGUACAACGCGCGAAAAGCGUGGACUUCGGCAAGCACCACGUGCGGCACCUCAGUGCCGGCUCGGCCAAGCUAUUAGACAUAAAGCGAUCAAGCACA